UCAGGCGUAGUUGGAGGCGGUGGGUGGUGGAGUGACGUCCCUGUCCUAGUGCGACGGUGCAGAGGACGUAGUUUGAAUAAUCACCGUCCAAACCGGAUUAAGUACCCUUUAACGUGUAGUACAAGUCAUUUGUGUUUGUGAAAACACGGUAACCAUGAUGAAAAAUGGCCACCACGACGCGGAUGAGCAGCAGCUGGCCGGAGGUGACCGAAAGAUGAAGCCGGCUAGUUCCCAGUGCAGCCCGGAGAAAAGGAAGCGCGUUGUCAGGUUGUGGUGUGACGGCUGCUACGACAUGGUACACUACGGCCACUCCAAUCAGCUGCGGCAAGCAAAAGGCAUGGGGGAUUACCUCAUUGUUGGAGUACAUACAGAUGUGGAAAUUUCCAAGCACAAAGGCCCUCCGGUCUUCACCCAGGAAGAGCGCUAUAAGAUGGUGCGGGCCAUCAAGUGGGUGGAUGAGAUUGUGGAAGGAGCGCCCUACGUCACCACACUGGAGACCCUCAACAAGUUCAACUGUGACUUCUGCGUGCAUGGAGACGACAUCACGCUGACUGUGGAUGGCAAGGACACGUACGAGGAGGUGAAGCGAGCGGGACGCUAUCGGGAAUGUAAACGCACUCAGGGAGUGUCCACGACAGACCUGGUGGGACGUAUGCUGCUCAUGACCAAGUCACAUCACAGCAACAUGGAUAAUCCGGAUUACCAGCAACAUACCGACAAUUUUGGCAAGGGCCCUAAAGGCCACAGUCCGUGGACCGGAGUGUCUCAGUUCUUGCAGACAUCCCAGAAGAUCAUCCAGUUUGCCUCAGGAAAAGAGCCGCAGCCUGGGGACACCAUCAUCUACGUCGCUGGGGCUUUUGACCUCUUCCACAUCGGCCAUGUCGACUUCCUAGCCAUGGUCUACAAGUUGGCAGAGAGGCCCUACGUCAUUGUGGGUCUGCACUUUGACCAGGAAGUCAACCGAUACAAGGGGAAGAACUACCCCAUCAUGAACGUCCAUGAGAGGACCUUGAGCGUCCUGGCCUGUCGGUACGUGUCCGAAGUGGUGAUAGGGGCGCCCUAUGCUGUCACCAAAGACCUGCUGGAUCAUUUUAAGGUGGACGUGGUUUGUCACGGCAUGACCAAAGUCUUUCCUGACAAAGAUGGCUCCGACCCUUACGCCGAGCCCAAGAAGAGAGGCAUCUUCAGGAGCAUCGAUAGCGGAAACAACCUCACCACGGACGACAUCGUGCAGAGGAUCAUCGCUAACAGGCUGCAGUUUGAAGCCAGGAACCAGAAGAAGGAGGCCAAGGAGAUGGCUGUGAUCGAGGCUAUGAAGAAGCGAGAGGAAGCGAGCGAAGGUGCUGACUAAAGACACCAGGACUUUUCCUGCUUCUCUCUUUCUUGUUCAUUUUAAGGUGAGCGGCUCCAAGGUGAAGACGCACUCUUUUGACCGCUUGACGUCGUCCUUGCUAUCGGGUGGCUUCUCUCUUUGCUCCUGACGGGAUUCGGCCAGAUCCAAGAUCUACAUAACAAAGAUUGAUUUUCUUCUUGAAAAUCCCACAGCACGUCCUAGUAGAGUAUCUUCUAUCUUACCAAAUAACGUCACCACUUACAGCUCUUUGAUUCUUACAUUUUUACAACUUAUUCAAAGUAUUUUACACAUUCAUCUUAAGAGGGCAGGAUUUCUAUAUUAAAAAUCUUUUAAAUCUUCUAUUUUUAACUGGAUUUCAAAUACCUGUGUGAGUGUGUGUGUGUGUGUGUGUGUGUGUGCACAUGCUUGUGUAUGUAAUCUACAGGAGGGUUUGUCUAAAAGACCAUAAAGCCUCAUUCCUCAAGCGAGAACAAAUGCAAGCUCAUUUUAAUGUGUUGAUGAUGUUUGACUUUUAUUCUAAAAAAAUGAUUUUCUUCAUGUUGGAGACUAACAGCUUAAAGUGGGGGUGUCCAAACCUUUCCCAGUGAGAUCACAUACAUAAAAAAUAACCACUUUGCUGCAUUUUGUACAUUAAAGAUGCUAAGAGCAAUCCACUGGAUGCCAAUAAUAUGAUAAGCUAUCAUAUUAGCUUUAUGUGAUAGCCGACAAAAAAAGCAAAUUAUCCUAAUAGCUAAUCAAUUUAAUUCAUAAUAAAUUUAUUUCAUUAUAAAAUAUGCUUUAAAAAAACGCCCUGGGGCAACAUUUUGGACACCCUGCUUUUGUUGUGCAAAUAAUUUCUUUGCAAGUUUGUGCAUGUUCCUGUGACUAAAUGGAUAAUAUGAAUGUACAGGACAAUGUAAACACGUGACAGAGAGGUGAGAAGCUUUAAUAAUAAUAAUAAUUGUAAAAUCACAUGGAAUAAACAAAGUUGCUUCGGGGCAAA